AGGAAACUCAUUUCAGCCACUUGUAUCCGCCAUCUUGAAACAACCAAACCACAAAAAAAGCAACAGCACUCACAAGGAAAUGUUAAAAGUCGUUCCUUAAGUCAGACGCCAACAUUUCUAUCAGGGUUUCAGACAACAUGGAACAAGCCCAGCAGAUGAAGAAGUCGGUCCAGUCAUGCAUUGACCGUCACAAGGAUGAGCUACACAGUUUGAGUCAGGACAUCUGGGCCCAUCCCGAACUCGCCGGGAAAGAAAACUACGCCGUGGAGCGCUUGCUGCAGUUCUUCCACUUGGACCCAGCCUGGAGCAUCCAAAGUCCUUACAAGAUGCCCACCGCCUUCCGGGCCAGCUGGGGCCCGGUGGGAGGAAGUGAGGGAGACCCGGUUCUGAACGUGGCCUUCCUGUGCGAGUACGACGCCCUGCCUGAUAUUGGCCACGCGUGCGGACACAACCUGAUUGCCGAGGUGGGAGUCGCUGCCGGUUGGGGUCUGAAAGCGGCUUUGGAGGGCCAGACAGAACUUCCGCUCCGAGUGAAGGUGAUUAUUCUGGGAACGCCAUCAGAGGAGGAGUACGGAGGAAAGAUCGAGCUGCUCAACGCGGGAGCUUUCGCAGACAUCCACCUGGUCUUCAUGGCCCAUCCCGGUGUGCACGAUUGGGUGUCCAUGCGUGGCCGUGCGCGCACCUCAAUGUUGGUGAAGUACCACGGGAAAGCCAGCCACGCGGCCGCCCUUCCCUGGAUGGGCGUGAGCUCCUUGGACGCCGCCGUGCAGGCUUACAGCAACCUCGCCAUGCUGAGGAGUCAGCUCAAGCCUGGUUGCGCCUUCGAAGGCAUCAUCAAACACGGAGGGGUGAAGUCCAACAUCACCCCCUCCUACUCAGAGCUACAGUAUUGUCUGCGUGCACCCAUGCUUAAGGAUGCUGUUGAGCUGAGGGCCAAAGUCGAGGCUUGCUUCAAGGCUGCUGCCAUGGCGACCGGCUGCCAAGUGGAGAUAACCUACCCAGAGCACACCUACUGGAACAUCAUGCCCAACGCCACGCUGGAAAAGCUUUUUGAAGUUAACGCAAAAGCUUUAGGGGUUGAGUUUCCAGAAAGUACCACCGACUACGCUGCUGCCACAGACUUCGGCAACGUGUCACACGUGAUCCCUGGUAUCCAUCCCAUCUUCUCCAUCCAAACAAAUGCUUUUAACCACACCGAGGCUUACGCCAAAGCGGCAGGCUCUGAAGAAGCCCAGAUGUACACCCUGAGGGUGGCCAAAGCUCUGGCAAUGACAGCUGUGGAUGUGCUGUGCAGCCCACAUUUGCUGAGGCAAGUGAAAGACGACUUCGCUCAGGCCAAAUUGAAGCAGGAGAUCUGACGAGAUGACACAUGCACACAAGUUUAAUGGCAGACGUCUACUAUGCUUAAGGCAUUAAUUUGGGUUGAGGUCUUUAUUUAGGCAAAUGCAUUUUUCUGCAAAUAUAACAUCAAUCAUAUAUUUAAGAAAAUAAUCAUAUAGAAAGUAUAUGUAAUAAAUGAAAUGUGCUGUCCAAUAAAAAGCAUUUACUAUAUCUCCAUUUUUUUAUGUGAAGCACCAUGGG